CCACCACCGCCAUCAUCACUAUCACCAUCAUUAUCAUUAUUACCACCAUUAUCCUCGUUAUCCUUAUUACCCUAUUUUUCCUUGGCUAGUUAAUUCUCAGGGUGUAUUUCCUCCUUGCCAGGAAAAUAUCCACCCCAUAACUUUCCGAGAAGCUUUUUCACUACGAUACAACGGCCUUUAAUCCUAAUUUUUAUUCUAUUUUUUUUCCAUAUCUCCCGCCGCCAGGUUCCAGGGCACCCAACAGAAAAUCCCCAAGCUCACUGCCUAUCAUGCCGCCACAACCAGGUAGUGUCCGCUCCGACUCUCCUGACGACUGCCGUCUCUUACCCUGCGACUAUUCUGACGGAAAGGCCCUAUAUCCGACCAAUCUCGAAAAGAAACCCCGUGCCGACGGUGCCUACGAAUAUUAUUCCCCUGUUCCCGCUGGAAGUAGCAAAGAUGUCAUGUGGAGAACUAAAUGUGGUAAUCAUGUUUACCAACUCUUCUCUAAAUCAGAGGGUGCCCAAGGUCAGCGUGAAAUCCUUUGCCGCAUAUCGAUAUGCGAACCUGAAUCCCACCUCUCUAGACCCUUUUACAGACGCCACUUAAAGCUAUCUGCUAACGAUUUAGCGCACAGAACGAACCGACUAUAUUUUUGCCGAGUUUCCACGGAAUUACAAGCUCUUUAAGCAUGUUAAAUGCUCUGCCAAAGUUAGUUAAAAGAAAAAUAUCCUUUGAACUUUCUUAGCUUUCCACACACACUAUAUUGACUUGUUCUACAGGACGGUGUUCUCGGGAAAGAACGUUCGGAUACCUAUCUAUAUGGACACCCAUCAGGAAAACGCUACCGAUCACCAGCCGAGUUCUUCCCCCAUAUUGCGCACCUUUCCAGUUUCAGUGCAAACGAGAACCCCGACGCCAAGGGGAAAUUCUGUCAAUGUUGCUUGUGCAGUGGCGCGGUUUCGAAGAGCGGGCCGACAUCCGCAUCAACCCCCAAGGGAUCGGUUCAAUUCUACCAGAGGGAAGUCAAGAGGGUAAAGAUGGUUAUAUCUCAGGAGGAGAAGCUUGCGGAGCAGGACUGUGGAGGGUGGGUCAUACGCAAAGGGGAGAUUGGGUGGGUUUGGCUUCCUGAUAAUCAGGAGAGAAGUUACGAGGGGAUAGAUUGUAAAAGUCUAGUCGACGGUCAGGGUGGAACCUGGGCUGCUGGGAUAAUUGUUGAGCGCCCUGGAUACACACCUUUCCUCAUGCCCCCUAACGUAAUUACCGGAACCAAAGAACAAGAAACAGACCAAGAUCCGAUGAGAACGUUUGUUAACGUGGAAAAAGACAUUGUUCCACCGUGGGCCACCGAUAACGACUCGUACACUAUCCAGCUCUGUGCUGAGAAGGGGAAGAAUGGGGAGGUUAUCAACGAUGUCAAGCAGUGGUUUGUCAGGCCAUGGCUGUCACGUCCCGAGUGUGCUCUCAACCACGAGGCGAAUGAUUGCGAGCAUCCCUCUAUUGCACCCGGCCGGGAAGCUGCAAGCACAUUUUCGGUAUUUGAUAAGAUCCCUGACAGCGUACAUUUUGUUAGCGAAAAGGGGGAGACAGAAAAAUGCAAGGUGACAUCGUACAAUGGUAUUUAUCUAGGCGCAGAAAAAAUCUGGGUUGAUGAGCCGAUACGUAUCAAGUGCUCCACUGAAGGGAGCACAAUUGUUGGGGCAGAAGAUAUGAUGGUCGUCAAAACAAUUCAGACCUACACUUCACCCUCCAAAAUCAGCGCCGGUAAAUCAACAACCAGAAUUGUCUUUGGAGGUCCAACCUUCACAGCCUUUCCCCGGGAAGGCACAGAGCCGGUUCAAGACGAAGCAAGUCUUCAACUUCCGCCCCGUAUGCGUCGCUCAUGCGGUGGGGACUGGACCAUUAAGUGGUACAUAACGGACGGAACAAAUGAAAAAUCCAAAGCUGUUCUCAAGGACGUUCUUGGGAGAUACUACGAACCCCAGGCUAUUCAGGUGUGGACUGGACGUCAAGACCUCCUCUAUGGGGGCAAUCCGACUCUGAAAAUAUUUUCGGUCGAUAUAAGAGGGUGGGCCAAUUCAAGACUCGAGGCUUUUGGCUGUACUAUCUUGAACGGCUUUGACCUCAGCGCGAUCGAUAUUGAUGAUAAGACCGAGUCAAAGGUUGGGCCAGCUAGGCUCUAUCCACAGGAGGAGGAGGAAGAUGUGUUGAUCCCACCUGCAAAUGUGUGGGGCAAAGCGGAGGAGAGCGGUCAGGAGGUAGCAGAUCAGGAGGUUGCGCGUACGAGCGAUAGGAAUGAGGAUAUAAUGGAGGUUGAUCCCCCCAGAGGUUUUGUGAGUGUCAAUGUACGGACCGUUCCUCAUAGCACCAGUCAGAAACGCGAAAGAAGUGAUUAGAUACUCCCCCAUCUGCCAUUAUCGCAAUGGGGUUGAGAUUGCACUGUCUAUGCAAGGUUUAAUUUGCGGGGGGUAUUUCACAGAUUGUUUUUUUUCCUUUUCCCAUCCAGCUCUAGUUUUAUCAAAAAGGUGUCUACAAUAAACUUUAUUCGUUUUUCUCUUCCCCCUAUAAUGUAUUUAUGAUAACGGGAUCCAACUCU